AUGCGUAAGCAGACUCGCCCUCCCUGGCCCUCACCCACAUCCCCGCUGACCCAAGACCUCCCUGCAGAUACCGUGCGAAGACAUGCGCAUCGUGUUGCGUCGCAACAUGGCAGCCAUGGCGCCAACAACUACAACCCGUUUGCCCGCCAGCGCUCUCGCGAUGCGCACCAUGAUGUCGAGAACCAAAUGCACAGGACGCGAUCAGAAGCUAAUGCGACCAUGACCAUUGAAGAGCAACGACGAAUGGAAACGAGGGAUUCUGAAAAGGAGUUUGCAAUGCCCGGCCACCACAACACGGAGCCUGCCCCUUCAUCACAAACAUACGCUAGUGCUUCAACAGCCGUGCCAAAAUCGUCAGUUGACGACGACACUGCAGACGCCACCCACCAACACAAACCAUCCGACGCCACCUUGAACAAUGAGCACGCCGUCGGUCCCACCCGACGCGCCAAGUUCAAGGGCAUAUUCCGCAAAGAAAAUCAAGACCAAGACAACGCCGACGACGAGGCCGAAGCCGACGACCUGUCGCUGGAGGAACGCAAAAAGAAAGCCUUCAAGAGGAAGAUUCCCAUUGGUGCUCAAAUCCGCUUUGUGCUGUUUGGCGCUUGGAUCAAUGUUCUCCUUGUCAUGGUCCCCGUCGGUUUCGCUGUCAAUUACGCUGGCCUCGCCCCCAUACCCGUCUUUGUCGUCAACUUCGUCGCCAUUAUUCCGCUCGCAGCCAUGCUCAGCAACGCCACAGAAGAGCUGGCCAUUCGCGUUGGAGAAACUCUCGGAGGACUGCUGAACGCCACUUUUGGCAACGCUGUCGAGCUCAUCGUGUCCAUUCAAGCCUUGAUCCAGAACGAGAUUGUCAUUGUCAAGACUUCUUUGAUCGGCAGUAUGCUUUCCAACUUGCUGCUGGUCUUGGGCAUGUCCUUUUUCCUCGGAGGCAUCAACCGCCUGGAACAGUUUUUCAACGUGACGGUAGCUCAGACGGCGGCGUCGCUGCUUGCUCUCUGCAUUGCGUCCCUCAUUAUUCCGACUGUGUUCCACAACACCAUCGCCCAAGAUGACGCAGUCGCCCACAACGGCGCUGCUGAUGCCGUCAGGAACCAGGAGUUGUCUCAUGGAACUGCCGUCAUUCUUCUCUUUGUCUACGCUUGCUACCUUGCUUUCCAGCUAAAGACACACUCGAACAUGUACAACGAGCCCAGUCAAAAGGUGCCCAAGCGCAAGUCUGGCAAGAAGGAAGAAGGCGAAGCAGCGCGCGGCAUUGCAGCCAUUGGCGCCGGUACUGCCGCUGCUGCUGGUGGAGGUGUCAACAUGAAGACGCUGUUCAAGAACCCAAAUGACGCUGAGGAUGAAGACGACGAAGACGAGUUCGAGACGCCGUCGCUCUCUGUAAUGGGUGCCAUCAUCACGCUCGCCAUUUCCACCACCCUCGUCGCCUUUUGCUCUGAAUUCAUGGUCUCGAGUAUCAGCGGUCUCACUUCGACUGGCGGCAUCUCCACCACCUUUGUUGGUCUGAUCCUGCUCCCCAUUGUCGGCAACGCCGCCGAACACGCUACCGCCGUCACCGUCGCUAUCAAGGACAAAAUGGACCUAUCCAUUGGUGUCGCCGUCGGAUCCAGCAUGCAAAUCGCGCUUCUCGUCUUCCCCCUCAUCAUCAUUCUUGGCUGGAUCCUCGGCAAAGACUGCAUGACUCUUUACUUUGACACGUUCCAAAUCGCCACUCUCUUUGUCUCGGUCUUGCUUGUCAACUACCUGAUUCAAGACGGAAAGUCUCAUUGGCUUGAAGGCGUCUUGCUCAUGUCAAGUUAUGUCAUUAUUGCCCUUGCAGCAUGGUUCUACCCCGAUCUGGAGGAGAACCAAUGCUAG